AUGGAUAGACACCUUGACAAAGAGAACAUGGAUCAAGCAAAGGGUUAUGAACACGCUCGGUAUACUUCCCCAGACCCUAGAGAGGAAGGGCUUGGCUCCAUGAAUCAAAGGUUUUCCCACGAUUCUUCAACUAAUAUUAACACCAACGUACGACCUCCAGAUUAUGGUAUUCCGACUCCUGCUCGGCCAGUGCUGAACUACUCGAUACAGACUGGUGAAGAAUUUGCUUUUGAGUUUAUGAGAGAUCGGGUGAUUAUGAAACCGCAGUUCGUCCCGAAUGUGUAUGGUGACCCCAGUGGUAGGCCUGUUUCUGUUAACUUGAGUGCUAUGGGGAUGGUUCUUCCGAUACCGGAGAGUGUCUCUAACACCGCAGUGCUUAACACAGCAGAAAAACGUCAUACCUUUGAGCAAGAGAGGAAACCCCCUUCUAGAAUUGAAGAUAAGAGCUAUCACGAGCUGGUCCAGUCUGCCCCGGUUGUUUCUUCAAGAAAUGACACUGGUCAACGGCCUCAUAGUUUGGCUUCUUCUAGAGCUUCUGAUAGCUCUCUGAACCAGGCGAAGUUCUUGUGUAGUUUUGGUGGUAGAAUCAUACCCCGCCCCAGAGAUCAGAAACUUAGAUAUGUUGGCGGUGAAACGCGUAUCAUUCGGAUUAGCAAGACUAUUUCUUUCCAAGAACUCAUGCAUAAAAUGUCAGAAAUGUUCCCUGAAGCACGUACCAUAAAAUAUCAGCUGCCAGGCGAGGAUCUCGAUGCCUUAGUCUCCGUAUCUUCUGAUGAGGAUUUACAAAACAUGAUGGAGGAAUGUUAUGGGUUUGGUAAUGGAGGAUCCGAGAAGCCUAGGAUGUUCUUGCUUUCAAGCAGUGACAUAGAGGAGGCUCAUUUCGGUUUGGAAGCUGCAGAGGGUGAUUCUGAGGUUCAGUAUGUUGUUGCUGUCAAUGGGAUGGAGCUAAGUUCACGAAAAGGUUCUCUUGGAAUAAUUGCUCCAGGGAACAAUUUGGAUGAACUACUGCACAGGAAUACUGAUAGGGAGAUCAGUCGAGCUGUCACAGAACCAGCAAUUGCUUCGGUUGCUCCCAUGGCAGGUAAUGAAUCUUUAUCAGCGAGCCAAACUUCUCAACCUGUAACAAGUUUUCCUACUGGAAAUGAGCCAUUUUCACAGCCGUACCCAGGACAGCAGUUUAACUUCGCCGGCCUUGGAAACCACCAAGUUUACACGUCAGCUCACAUGGCAAGCAUAGGCUAUAUAGAUGAGAAGGGGUCUGCGCCUUUGCAUGCUCAACCACAGCCUCAUUAUAUCCCUUAUUCUGCCAAUUCUGAAACACCCCUUGAAAGUGUGGUGCCUCACUACCCACAUAAACCUGAGCAAGGAGUUUUUAAUGGUGAGCAGAUCUUUCAUGUACAAGAUCCAGAAGCUUCAUCGAAGGAGACCAAAAUGAGAAGAGAUGACUCGUUUAAGAAGGUAAAUGAUCCUGCUAAUAUAUCUACUGUCGAGACCAAUCUUUCAGCAAAGGAGCCAAAGAUGAGGAGAGAAACCUCAACCCCAAGGGUCAGUGAGCAUUCUGUUUCCUCUAUGCCUGGUGAUUUGACAGUCCCAGAUCACGUCCUGAAGGAAGAAGCUCCAAUUGCCACGCAAAUAUGCAAUUCAACACCAGAUCCAAGUACCUCAGCCUGUCCAGAGAAAAGUCUCAGAAAAUCUCAGGACCAUGUUGAGAACAAUCUUUCGGCAAAGGAGCCCAAUAUGAGGAAAGAACACUCCACCACAAGGGCCAAUGAGUAUUCCAUCUCCUCUGUAUCUAGUGAUUCAAUGGUCCCAGACCACACCCUCAAGGAAGAAGCUCCUUUUUCCAUGCAAUUAUCCAAUUCAACUCCAGAUCCAAGUUCCUUUGUUUAUCCAGAAAGAAGUCUUAAAACAUCCCAGGAAUAUGUGGAGAAAACGGCUGCCUUAGAUACAGCAAGUGAAGGCAUAAAAGGCAAUCAAGACAAUCAAUUUUAUCUACCUGGAGAAUUCUCUGCAUCGGGGAUUGUUACUUCUGAUGGGGAUUCAUGUAAUGUGAGUAAUGUCGACCAGCCUGUGAUUCAUCAAAGGGUUUUUCAUUCUGAGCGCACUCUACGAGACCUAGCAGAAACUAAACGUUUGUCAAAAUCUGAUGAUUCCCUUGGUUCUCAAUUUGUACUGGCUAAAUCAACUUCAGAUGUUUUCCUGCCUAUCAGCGAAUCAGCUGAAACUUUUCAUGAAGCAAAUACGGAGUCCCAGAAUGUUCAUUCUAGCGCACCAGUAAGAUCGGCUCCUGAAAGCCUCUGGACAGCCGAGGGUAAUAUCUCACAGUUUGAAGAAAGAAACUUGGAACCUAACGCCCCCGAACACGUAAGUCAGGCAGAGACUUCAGUCAAGGCUGUUCCGCGAGGACAUAUUGAGAACGGGGAUAUAGUUGUUGAUAUAAAUGAUAGGUUUCCUCGUGAUUUUCUUGCUGAUAUAUUGAAAGUGAAAGAGUCUCUAAACUUCCCUGGAUUAGGGCCAUUGCAUGCUGAUGGAGUUGGAGUGAGUUUAAAUGUUCAGAAUCUUGACCCUAAAAAUUGGUCGUAUUUUCGAAAUUUGGCGCAGGGUGAGUUUGAGAGAAAGGAUCUAUCCCUUAUGGACCAGGACCACCCUGGAUUUCCCACUUCCCUGACCAACACCGACGGAGUUCCUAUUGACUACAGUUACCCACCGUUGCAGUCUGAGAAAGUUGCUCCAACUCAGUUAAAUCCACAACUCCACUUUGAUGGAAAUAUCCAGCCGGAUGUAUCUACCACUGCCGUAGCUGCUUCGAGCACAGUAGACACACAAGAAGAUUACCGUCAGCCACAGUUCAAGGGUGCUGAAAUCACAGAUGCAAAUGUGAAUACUGGAGUUCCUCUUAUUGACCUUGUUGCUGAGGAUAGUGGCAUCAGGUCUCUGCAGGUCAUUAAAAAUGACGACUUGGAAGAACUGAAGGAACUAGGUUCUGGUACCUUUGGAACUGUCUAUCAUGGAAAAUGGAGGGGAACAGAUGUUGCAAUUAAGCGAAUAAAAAGGAGCUGUUUCAUUGGUCGUACAUCUGAACAAGAGAGAUUGGUGAGCUUUCUUUCACAAGGAGUUGGGACCUCGGAGUUCUGGCAUGAAGCUGAAAUUCUUUCCAAGCUACAUCAUCCAAAUGUUAUGGCAUUUUAUGGCGUAGUGAAAGAUGGGCCAGGAGGAACUUUAGCUACAGUGACAGAGUACAUGGUCAAUGGAUCGCUUAGACAUGUUCUGCUCAGCAACAGGCAGAUUGAUCGACGUAAGCGACUUAUCAUUGCAAUGGAUGCAGCUUUUGGGAUGGAGUAUUUGCACUCAAAGAACAUUGUGCAUUUCGACUUGAAGUGUGACAACUUGCUUGUCAACUUAAAGGAUCCCGCCCGUCCGAUAUGCAAGGUUGGUGAUUUUGGACUGUCAAAGAUAAAAAGAAACACUUUGGUAACUGGUGGUGUAAGAGGAACCCUCCCUUGGAUGGCUCCCGAGCUACUUAGUGGCAGCAGCAGCAAAGUUUCGGAAAAGGUCGAUGUGUUCUCUUUCGGAAUCGUCUUGUGGGAAAUUCUCACCGGUGAGGAACCCUACGCCAAUAUGCAUUACGGGGCAAUAAUUGGAGGCAUAGUGAACAAUACAUUGAGACCAACAGUGCCAAGCUACUGUGACCCGGAAUGGAGGAUGCUGAUGGAGCAAUGUUGGGCUCCUGACCCAUUUGUUCGGCCUGCCUUCCCUGAGAUAGCCAGACGUCUCCGGACCAUGUCCUCCUCUGCGGCCCAGACCAAAGCGCACGCCGCCAACCACCAAAACCACAAGUAA